CCGCCCCUGGGUUCGUCUCCGGCUCGGGAACGCGCUCGGCAAGUGGCUGCGAGGGGGCGACCCCCCAACCGCACGCUCCGAGCUUAUUUAUUUUCACUUGCACUCAACUUCUUUCUCCCUCCGCCCCCCCAAAUCUGGCCUGCAAGCUGCCUCUAGCCUGGGGGAGCGGGUGACAGCAGCUCCCCGAGACCCCCCCAACCCCAAGCCACGGGGCUCGGCUCUCCCAUCCAUUAUUGAUCAUAUUUUAUAAAUCCAACGCCACACAAUUUUUUCCACAUUACCGGGGAGCCGUGGGGAGGCCGUCCGGCCAUUGGCGGGAGGACCGUCACGUGGGAGGGGUCACGUGGCCCAGAGAGGAAAAAGGGGGUCCUUUUUGGUGUAAAUCUGGACUCUAAUUCUGUAAUAUAUCAAGGAAUCUCGUAAAACCGACACUAAAACGUCCCUGCCUACAAAUCAUCCGGCCAAAUUAUGAGUUCAUUGUAUUAUGCGAAUGCUUUAUUUUCUAAAUAUCCAGCCGCAAGUUCGGUUUUCGCCACCGGAGCCUUCCCCGAACAAACUUCUUGCGCCUUUGCCUCCAACCCCCAGCGCCCGGGCUAUGGAGCGGGUUCGGGCGCCGGCUUCGCCGCCUCGGUGCAGGGCUUGUACCCCGGCGGGGGGGGCAUGGCCGGCCAGGGCGCGGCCGGCGUCUACGCGGCCGGCUACGGGCUCGAGCCGAGUUCCUUCAACAUGCACUGCGCGCCCUUUGAGCAGAAUCUCCCCGGGGUGUGUCCCGGCGACUCCGCCAAGGCGGCAGGCGCCAAGGAGCCGAGGGACUCGGACUUGGCGGCCGAGAGUAACUUCCGGAUCUACCCCUGGAUGCGAAGCUCAGGGACAGACCGCAAGCGAGGCCGCCAGACCUACACGCGCUACCAGACGCUGGAACUGGAGAAGGAGUUCCACUACAACCGCUACCUGACCCGGCGGCGGCGCAUCGAGAUCGCGCACGCCCUGUGCCUGACCGAGCGCCAGAUCAAGAUCUGGUUCCAGAACCGGCGCAUGAAGUGGAAAAAGGAGAACAAGUCUGCAGGCCCAGGGACCAACGGGCAGGACAAGGCCGAAGCCGAGGAGGAGGAGGAAGAGUGAGGGACCGGCGAAAGGCGGAAGGAGAGAGAACAGAAAGGGACAGAGGGAGACGCCCUGCUCUGGGAACUGAACCAGGAAAUUCAGAUCAAAUAGGGAAAAAAUCGCAACAGCUCUGUUUAAAUGAAAGCGAUGUUUAAGUGGUGUAGAGCCAGAGAAAGGAGAGAUGCUGGUUCCUCAAUACUGUAAAAAAAAUACUACCUAUAGGAAGUGUGGAGUUUGUUUUUUAACCAUAUGGGAAGGACAUGAUCUACCUGUUCUGUAUCUUUCUGGAAUUCAUCCCCCCUUUUCUAUGUUGCUGCUGUAACGUCUUUGUAAAAUUUCGCUGUUUUGUAAGCUCCCCUCUGACACUGUGGACUGUGGGUCUGGACUAACCUGUGUGGCGUCCCCUGCCUUCCAAGCCUGCCCAUUCCCAGUAGUGGCACUGAAGGGGCUUCAGGAAGCCCCAAGAACCCACCUCCUGACCCGUUGUCCCCAGGGACGCUGACUGCAGCGCCUUCUCCUGACAAAUCCCCGGCUCUUUACAUUCGGUGUGUACCUGAAGGAUGGAAAAAUAAAAUGCAAUUUAA